CAUGAUCGUCGACAUGGCAUGCAUGGUCGAGGAAGAAAAGGAGGAAGGGCCCCCAAUGAAUAAACCAAAAAUUGCCCACAGUUUUGAUGAUAAACGACGGACUGAUGACAUUUUAAUUGGUGAAAACCUUGAUUUUGCUGGCUUAUUUCUCUCUCCAUCAGUUUUGCAAGGUCUGUCAGAAGCCGGGUUCAGAAAUCCUUCACCCAUUCAACUCAAGGCGAUUCCACUUGGACGUUGUGGAUUAGACCUCAUUGUGCAAGCAAAAUCCGGCACUGGAAAAACAUGUGUCUUCACAGUAAUUGCAUUGGAAGGACUGCUGGUAGAAAGUUGCAGCGUACAGGUUCUUGUCCUCGCCCCGACGAGAGAGAUUGCUCUGCAGAUCCAAGAUGUCAUCCUCACAAUCGGUCAGAAGGUGAUGGGGUUAAUGUGCCAUUCAUUCAUCGGAGGCUUGCCUCUGUCACAAGAUAAAGAGUGCGUGAAGAAGUGUCACAUUGCCGUUGGAACACCCGGGCGUGUGAAACAGUUGAUAGAAGAGAGCAUCCUAACGACUGAUUCCAUCCGAUUGUUUGUCCUCGAUGAAGCUGACAAGCUGUUGGAGGACGGUUUCCAGGAACAAAUCAACUGGAUAUAUUCCACACUCCCGGACAACAAGCAGAUGGUCGCACUGUCGGCAACUUACCCAGAAUACCUUGCCAAUCAUCUGACCGCUUACAUGAGGAAUCCGACAUUUGUCCGACUCAACACUUUGGAUCCUGCACUACUCGGGAUUAAACAAUUCUAUCAGGAGCUGCCGUUUCAACCGUUAGCCCAGAAGGCGUUUGAAGAAAAGAGUAAAAGUCUGAUUGCUCUGCUCUCCUCCAUCACUUUCCAACAGUGCCUGGUUUUCUCAAAUCUUCAGGUUGCCGCUGAAAACCUGAGCGACUUAUUGAACUCCAAAGGUUGGCCAUCAGCAUUUAUAGCAGGCAGCCAGGACCAGAAGCUACGCAUGAAAGCCAUGGAGAAACUGAAGAAAUAUGAGUGUCGCGUGCUGAUUUCCACUGAUCUGACAUCCCGAGGCAUUGAUGCCGACAAGAUUGACCUGGUGGUGAACCUUGACCUCCCAUUGGAUCAUGAGACCUACCUCCACCGGAUUGGACGAGCAGGUCGAUUCGGGGCAUACGGGGCUGCCGUAUCAUUAGUGGUGAAGGGCAAGGAAUCAACCAGGCUGCAGGACAUUCAGGAGAAGUGUCACACCGUUAUCAAGCCUCUUCCAGACCCAAUUUCUUUGAACCUGACGCAGCCUGUUGGACAUGUGUGCCUGGAUGACAUGGUGACCACUGAACAACUAAUCACAGUACCAAAGGACAAGUCUAAAAGAGAGCAGACGUCUGAGAAACACACCAAGGUACAACUUGUCACAGGGCCUACGGACGGACGUAUGAAUGGUGAUGCAGUUUUGGUAAUAACUACUGAGAAAAAGACCAAUGAACAUAUCGUAAGGCAAGCCGAGAAUGGCAGUGCUGUAGACGGUGGAGAAGUGAUCAACGGGGAAACUAAUCGUGUUGAGAAUGUAGAUCUGAGGAAACAAACCACAGGAACAGAAAACGUUGAAUCUAGUGUUGAGAGUUCGAUGAACAGACAUCACAAAAUCGUGGAAGGUGACUUCAGGUCAGAGAAUGAUUCUGCUCUUCUUAGAAAGGAAGCCGACAGUGUUACUUUAAAUGGGCGAGAGACUCUGAAGGAGAUCGUGGACAGGAGAGAUGAACUAGUUCUCUUCCCAAACAACAGUGAGGCUUGGUAUAGCACUGCUCAAACGGGUGUAGAGGCGAGAGUGGCAGAUGGAGUAGCAUUUGAAAAACUGAUGAGUAUUUCUGAUAAUGAGGACAUGACUUCUAACAAGAUGACUGAACAUUCAGUGAAAGAUGAGGAUGUGACUGUGGAGAGUGGAUUAGCCGAUGGGAAGGAAGACCAGAUAACCACUAAGAGGAAAUCAAAUGGUUUGUCACAAAAUGGUGAUCGUGUGGACAAAAAGAAAAAAUCGGGAAAGAAAGAAACAGGAAAAACUGUUGCUCAUUCGUCUCGAGAACUGAGGUCAUACUGUGAUCUCGAUUUUGAUAUGAGUGAACAGGUUGAAAUUCCAGAGUUUGGGGUUGGAAGUUCAGUGUUCGGUGCUUGUUCCACUAAGUCUGGUGCCCGUUCCACUAAGUCUAGUGCCCAUUCCACUAAGUCUAGUGCCCGUUCGUCUAAGUUUAGUGACCAGUUCGCUUGGUCUAAGCCUGCAGCUCAGUCUUCCAAGUCUGCUACCAAAGUGUCCAAGUCAGGUGUGCCUAUCUCUGACAAAACGGUUAGUAAGCAUCUAUCUGGUAACCAGGCUUCACUGUUUGGUAGCAAACCUGCGAGGCAGGAAACCGUUGACAAACUCUCCCGUCUAGAAGAGAAACUAGGCGUUGAAUUUGUUUCCAAAUUAGUCAAUAGUUCUGCAGUUGGAAUUGCAGGCAGUUGUGACCCUACCAAAGCUUCUGAGUCAGCUAAAGGAAACAAGGAAAUCCUCGCACCAAAUGUUCAGCAGGGUUCUAAAAAGCUUGACAAGAAACCAGUGCGGGGAACUGCUGAUUCCAUCAAAAAGGAGAAUGGUCAUGAAAGUGAAGUUAUCAAACCAGCUGUCGUUCAACCAUUGGAAAGGAAAGAAGAAAGUUGUGCUUUGUCAGUUCUGGAAACCAUCUCUAGAUAUUUUACAACUUAUGCCUCUGAUCAAAUAGAAAAGCAGAGGAACAACGCGUACUAUAACUUUACCAAAGCUAAAGAAGAUUUUCUCAAGUUCAAUUCUAACAACGCCGAUUUGAAAAUAGGUAGAACUGUGUCUUCUUCUGAAGCUCUGGCGCUGAGCCAGGGUGAUGAGGAUGUUACGUUGAGAGAGGUGACUUGUUUACUGAAUCAGUUCCAUCAGGAUCAGAAAGCCAUUCUCAGUGGUGUAGGAGAAGUUUUACGACAUUCAGUCCCAAGGAUUGAUAAUGAUGGCUUGCUCAAAUCUGUGAACAAAGAUGCUGCGACUCCAGUCAAUGAUAGAAAUUUGGAUGUUGAACUCUCUGCUUCAUCAAGGGAUAAAGAUCAACUGCCAGCUGAAUCCACUGGAGCACAGAAGCACCUCCAUGAUUCAGUCAUGGCUCCUGUUAAAGAAAGUAGUUCUGUUACGUCAACAGUUGUCACAGAGAGUGCUCUAGGUGAAAUAGUCCAGAGUCACCCAAUGAGGCCUACAAGGAUAAGACGACCCCCUUCUGAAGAGAAGAAGAUGAGAGGCAUGGCAGGUACUUUGGCGAUUAUCAUGGGAACAUUUGAACCAAUUACCGAGGAGGAUGCAAAGACCGUCGAGAAUGAGCAGACACCUGAAUUUGUGCAGACGACAAAAUGUCGCGAGCCAGAAUUGAAGAAAGCUGGUUCUGUGUCCAGUGAAGUUUGUGGGCAAAAGACAGACCUUGUUUCUCAUCUUCAAAAAAGUUAUCCCUCUGACAAGAAAAGCAGUGUUACUGAUCUGAAAAGCAGUGUUUCCUAUUCAAAAUCUGGUGUUUCUUGCUCGAAAACCGAUGGUUCAGUUCCAGAAUCUGGUUACAUCGGCAGCAGGAAAAAUGAGUUUGGAACUUUGAUGAAAGCUGCUGAUACCUCACAGGCUGAUGGUGAUGAAGUGUUCGUGGUCCAGGAUGGUGUGGUCUUGAGAAUAAAAAGAACGCAAGUGGCUAAGAACAAUAUGGAGUGUUUGGAAGAUGCAUCUUAUAGUGAGGAGGCUGAGGAUUAUGGCAGUGGUGAUGAUGAUGAUGAUGGUGGAAAAUACACAGACGACACCGAUAGCACUGAUUCUGAUGAUGAGAGUUCGUCAGAUUCUGAGUGUGAUUCCUCCGAGAGAGAACCUGAUUUUGUAGAUGAAGUCGGUGGUCUAUGUUACCGGCUGGGACAUUCAAAAGUUGAGCAGCGGCAUAUGACAUGGUCCAGACGACACGAUACUGAGGUGUCUGCUGCUGCAGAAAUUGACUUAGAUGUCGAAAAAUUGAUUGAAGAUUUGCCGCAAAGUUUUGAGGAGCAACCCUUUGUAGGUUUGCCUGCUGAUGUAGAUGUUUGUCCAGAACCAGUUGACUUGUCUGUGCGUCCAAAAGCCAAAUUCUCCACCUCACGAGAGAAAUCUGAGAGGAGGAAUGAGUGUUAUAAUCAAACUGAACACAUAUUUCAUGAUUUCCAUGGUGAUUCCCAUGGUGAUUUCAAAGAGAAUUGGGAAAGUUCAGGUGCAUUUUCUGGUAUGCAUGGCGAUGGCUAUUCUAGAGGAUGUGAAGAUCCUAAUGAAUUUCAUGAGGAACAAAGACAUUAUCAGACUCAAGCAGCUGCUGACUACGGUUGCCAUAACAACCAAUUUGGCAACCAAUACAGUUACCCUGAAUAUCAGACUGGUAGCUAUGACGACCAAUAUCAUCAAGGUUCUGGGUAUAAUGGUAGCUAUGGCAACCAAUAUCAUCAAGGUUCUGGGUAUAAUGGUAGCUAUGGCAACCAUCAAAAUCACCAUGACUACACUUGUUACAAGAAUAGCCCAUAUUACCAGCACUAUUUGUAUCAUAUGCAAGAAGCCCAGCGCCUUGAACAAAAGAUGAAGGAUGAGGUGUUUAAUAAGCAAAUGGAGAUGUACAUGCAUAAGGCGUAUGUGAUACAGAACAUGUGCAUGGAUCAAAUGAAACAGUAUCUUCAUGGUAGAAAGGAGGACUGAUUGAAGUGGCGAGGUUGACUAUUGGCCCGAUUGCUGUGAAAUGUGUAAGUUGUUUUUGAGCAGGACAGCAUGUCUGUAAUAAAUGUUAAUCAAUUCUA